CGCGAUUUAAAAAAUAUAUUUAUUUUAAUUUUCAGGUUGAAUUUUUUGUUUUCAACUUAAAAUUCAAAGAAAAUAUUUAAUACUUAUUUUGCUGUAACACUGAGACCAAUUUUUCGUUUAUAUUCAAAUAACAUAAAACUAUUGCGGAAAUGGGCUACGCGUUUAAUGCAGAUGGACAACUAAGAAAACUAGAAGAGAAUGGUGUACCAGGUGAAGAUCCAUUCCAAUUCAACAUCAGCAAUGACCAUCAAGAAUGUCAAGCACAUUAUGAAGUCCUGGGCACAGCUAUUACUGAUUACAUUUAUCAUUUACUGGAGAAAGAAGGACUGCAUAAACUGCCUGUACCUCAAGGCAGCACCGAGAAUGAUGGGACUUUCAUAUUUGUGUCGAAAGACUAUGAUAAACAGGAUGUUUUGUUGGUCCUCAUACAUGGUUCUGGAGCUGUCAGAGCUGGUCAAUGGGCUCGCUCCCUCAUAAUCAAUGACAGUUUAGACACAGGCACUCAGAUCCCAUACAUCAGACAAGCACAGAAGCGAGGGUAUGGCGUCAUGGUGCUGAAUUGCAAUGACAACUAUCGUGAAGACACACCAAUUAAACAUAGCAGUACAGCUGAGGAACACACUAAAUAUGUGUGGGAGACAUACAUAAACAACACAAAAGCAUCAAUGAUUGUCAUAGUGGCACACAGCUAUGGGGGAGUACUAACUGUCAUGUUGGCAGAUGCACAAAAAAAGCAAUUUGAGAAGAGAGUGGUAGCCGUGGCACUGACAGACUCUGUACACGGGUUCUCUGGUGCUAAAAUCUCGAAGCACUUGAAAAAAGUAUCAAAAAAUUGGAUAUCAAGUACAUCACCAUUAGACACCCCCAUGAAGACCCCAGAGUUUGAUAUCACAAGAGUUUCAGCUGGUCAUCCAAAACAUGAAAUGACAUCAAGUAAAUGCAUAGACUCAGUUUUUACUUACUUUGAACAAAAACUGAAAGAAUAGGUUGUAUCAAAUUGAAUAAUAUUGAAUAUAAUGAGAUACAAAAAUUGAAUGAAUAGGAUGUAUGAAAUUGAAUAAUUUUGAAUAUAAUGUGAUACAAAAAGUGAAAGAAUAGAUUGUAUCAAUUUGAAUAUGUGAUAUAAUACAGGCACAAACACUGAUUCAUAUUUAGCAAUGAAACUUUUUAUUGUAAUUUGUUUUGUAGCAAUAAUGAUUAGGGGCUUGUACAAAGAUUUUGAUCAGGGUAAGCAUAAGUGUGAUUUACCACUAGUAGGCCAAGCAUGCAACCAACAACUUAUCCCAAAUAGAGAAUUUUUAACCAAUAGCAGCAUCUUUUGACCCAAAGAAAUAGCAAUAUACCUGGUUGUGCCGCUAUUGGUUCAUAUUUGUCUGUUUCUCUACAUAUGUUUUUGGUUCCAUCAGAUCUAUAGACGGCUAGGUAUCUACUAAGCGCAUCUGCAUUAUGCAGGAUUUUUUUUUUAUUUGUUCCCAGUUUUUUGCCAUUAUGAAGUGCAUGCUAUUGGCAAAGAUUAAUAUAAAAAAAAGUUACAACAUUCAAUUUUUGAUAACAGAAUUAUUAAAAUAAUUAUAUUAAAUAAAAUUGCAUUUAAA